GCUCUACCGCCCUACACGGCGGUGUUUUUAGACCCUCUACACUUGGGUUUCUCUCCAUGAGAUAAAGAAAUUGAUAUGUGGACAUCUUGAGUGUCCUAUGAGAUGUCAGAUUGUACUUAGCAUAAUACGUCACACGGACCGUUAUUAAUAUAUUAAUUGCCAUCCACAUAUUUUAACAUACAUGCAUCACAUAUGCACACAUAUAUAUGCAUAUACUCAAUCUCUAUACCUUCCUCUCUUCUUUUACGCACACACUUCGAGCGAGAACUUACUCACCAAUCGCAUCUCUUUCCGACUCACAUUCUUCCGGAUCAUACGAACAAGAGAAGGAAAUUUGACCCCUUGCUGGGUCAGGAAUGCUCAUAAGGCUAAAAUUAAACUGGGGUAGACGUCUCCCUCUGUAACCUGAAUUCAGACUGGAGUUGGGCUAAAGAACCUCUCGCCACUACUUCACUCUUGUUUACCUAACAGCAGUGCGUGUACUUUCUCCUCUCAGCCAGCUUGGAAGUGUCGAGUGUGCUCCAGCCGUGUGACCCCUCGACCCCAGAAUAUAACGUCCGCUGAUAAACUAUACUCACAACACCUGCAAGGGCUCUCGUUGUGUUCCCCGUGUACAAGUAGCGACCUUCCAGUUUAGAACAUGACUUAACCGUCACGUGACGUCGUCUUCCUCCUCCUACCAUUGAUGACGUCACUCUAUUUCUAACCCUGUCAUCGUAUCAACCACGAACUUGUAUUACUGGACUGCUGGCAGACGAUUUUUUUCUAGUUAAGUUUUAAAACGAGUCAUUAGACGACAAAGCUUCCGGUUUAGUCACAUUGUUUAGGCUCGCCGAGACUAACAGGGAAUCACUUUGCAAGAGGCUGAGCGUUGGUCUUGGCAGACAGACAGCUAGCAAUCCACCUAGACACGUCCUUGGUAUCAACGGCCACGCAUGCGCAGUCGUGCGUGCGUCACCAAACGGGUAAUGGAGGACAAAGGCUGGGUAGGGGUGCGGGAUAAGGGAAGAUAAUUUAUUAGGUGCGGGUGACGUGCCCACCGAUGACUGACGACCACGUGAGUGUACAAAGCAGUUCACUACGCAGACUACACACAAGUCGAAAGUGCUUUCUAACAACUGUGAGUAACAGAGACUCGCCUGUCUUUCCCUCGCUUAUCGGUGUUGUCACCUUGACAGAGAUAAUUAGUUUAACUGUUGCUUGUCAAAACAAAAUGUGAUUUUUCUUGGCUCAACAAGGAUGUUGUUCGAGAUAAGAGAGGCAAAGGAUCGCAGGUUGAAUUAUCACGAGCACAUUUUCUCGUUGGUUUUCUCAUUCGAAAGCUCAGAGUAAAGAAAAACAAAGAGAUUGGAGCAUUGAGGUCGAUGUGAUUCACGAUGAAGGCGGUCAGGAUUCAUAAAUUUGGAGGUCCAGAAGUCCUGCAGUAUGAGGUGAACGUGCCCCUGCCGACCCUUGGUGACACGCAAGUGCUGAUCAGAACGUCAGCAGCAUGCGUCAGCCCAGUGGACGUCAUGACCGUCAGCGGCAAAUUUCUCGUGAAGCCCAAAUUGCCAUGGAUACCGGGAACUGACGCCGCUGGGAUUGUGGAGGCCGUUGGGUCACAGGUCAUGAAGUUCAAGGUCGGAGACCGGGUAUUUUGUGCUGGUGCCAAGUCCGGAGCAUAUGCAGAAAUGGUUGUUGCUGAAGAAUACCAAACCGGUUUCCUGGGACAGGAUAUGUCUUUCAAUGAGGGAGCUGCCAUCGGGGUGCCCUACUGCACCGCUUAUAGGGCCGUCUUACAGAAAGCCAAGGCGAGAGCUGGAGAGACUGUUCUCAUCCCUCACGUAGCCAGCAGCGCGGUGGGCCUGGCAGCCAUGCAAAUCUGUAAGUCUCUUGGUCUGAAGAUACUGGUCACUGCUGGAACAGAGACUGGCCUGGCACUGGCCAAGCAGCACGGCGCUGACGUGGCGGUCAACCACCGAGAGAAAGGAUACGAGGACAUCAUCUUAGAUGAAACAGACGGCACAGGCCCCGACAUCAUUCUGGAAAUGGCCGGACAAAGCAACCUCCAGCGGGACCUUCAGCUUCUCUCUGUUGGAGGGCGAAUAAUGAUAAUUGGAGGAGGUGGCGAGACGAAGGUUUGCCCGACCACCUUCAUGGUAAAGGAGGCAACUGUGAAAGGUGUCACACUGUCACAUGCUACAGACGAUGAAUGGACCGAGAUUACUGCAGGCUUAGAAGCAGGUGUCCAGUACAAGUGGGUGAAGCCUGUGGUGGACAAGACCUACCCCUUGUACCAGGUGGCCGUGGCUCACGAGGACAUCAUUGUCAACACCAGCGGGGGCUUGGGGAACCUGGUGCUGGAGAUACAGGAUCCGAUGGUGUGACACGAAAUUGUUUUUGCCUCUGACCCACUGAACUCUCCACCGAUUGAUAGUGGAAAAAUUCCAUGUGUACUCCAGACCUUGCCUGUACUGCUGUCAUAUCACCACCAAACCCACCGCGACGACAACCACCACCAUCACCAGGACUCCAUGUUGUCGAACAGUUUUCUUGCCAUGGGCAUCUUCCCUGUCGAGAUUUGUAUUCUGGGAGCUUCAUGCAGUGAAGUCUUGUUUCAGAUGGGCAUGUCCAUGUACCUGUCCAGCACAGGAGCACUGGUCUGAUGGAUCCAUGUGGAACCUGGUUAUCGACUGAUGCUAUCACUGAUCAUAAAAACCUCAUCAACAUUAUCAUCGCUUGCCACGUCGUCGCUUUUGAAUCAACCAAUCAUUGCUCCUCCCUCUUCUUUAUCAUAUUCUGGAUCCUGCUCCAACUACUGGUGGGUGUAGUCAGUUCAUGGUCUUCUCUACAUUCCAUCAAACGCCAUCUACUUUUAUCCACCUUUGCCUGCACCUGCAGUGUAUUCGGAGAGUAGACAAGCGAACUGAUAUUUAUACAAGCACAAGAAAGUAUCUGGCAAUCUGAGUCUUUACUGAAAUCAUCUUUCGAUGUCCUUUCUGUACACGAGCUGGGUACACAUAGCAUCUGGAGUGGCAAUGGACAACAAAAAGAUAACAAAGAACAUGAACAGCUUCAAGUCAAAUGUGUCAUUAUUUACAAAUAAUUUUAGUUUCACUAACCAUGAAAGUGAUAAAUCACUGUGUAUAUAUGAGUUCUGUGUGAGGACAACAGUUGUGGAUAUAGAAAAGCUUCCAGCAAAAUCAUGCGCCGUUUACAAAUAUUUGUUUAUUCACUUCAGUGGUAAUAAGCACGGAUGAAUAUCUGCUCACCGUAACUUAAUUCAAAAAAGUGUUUAAAUAGCUGAUAGCUCACAAACUUGUUUUUAAUUUGACAGAUGUUACGGGUUGGGCUGAUUAUUACACUUGAACUUUUUUCAAUAAAAUUAUUUAGCGCUGGGAUCUGUCACUAUAAACAUAUAAAUCCUUUAGAUAUAGCAGCCUUACAGAUCAUUACAGGCGGAAACAGAACAUAACUUCCAGCAGGCAGAAACAACAAUUGUAAAACUAUAGUCAUUGUGCCUUUCUGCCAACGAAACUUUAAGUAUUUUUAUUUGUUGUGAUUCAGUGUAUAUAUAAAUUUAAGAUGCCAUUAAAGAGCUGAAUUGGUUGAA